CCUUUGUGUAACAAUUCUGUAAUGGAAAGGACAAAAGAUCUUUUGUUCUACGCCUGCUUCACGGGGAUGCCUCACUUAUUCAUAGCAGUGACCUCUGCGGGCUCCAACAAAAUGGGAAUCUCCUUUCUCGGCGUCUAUAUAAUGGAGCCCUCCUCUUUGCGGCAUUUUCACAAGCACUUACCAAUCCUUAUUUUUAUUCUUCUUCUUCAUGUCAUACCUCAAUAAUAUCCAUGGCCGAACAAAAUCCAGUCAAAUUUGGCAUUCUGGGCUGUGCUGAAAUAGCCCGGAAAGUUUCCCGCGCUAUAAGACUUUCCCCCAACUCCACACUCUACGCCGUAGGCAGCCGUUCCGUCGAAAAAGCAGCAAAAUUUGCUAAAGACAAUGAAUUUCCGGAUUCAGCUAAGGUCUAUGGCGGCUACGAGGCCGUUCUGGACGAUCCAGACGUCGACGCCGUUUACAUCCCGUUACCCACUAGCAUGCAUGUCAAAUGGGCUGUUUUGGCUGCCCAGAAGAAAAAGCACGUGCUUCUGGAGAAGCCUGUUGCCCUUAACGUUAAGGAGCUGGAUGUGAUUCUGGAGGCGUGUGAAUCUAACGGGGUGCUGUUCAUGGAUGGUACCAUGUGGAUGCAUCAUCCUCGUACUGCAAAAAUGAAAGAGUUUCUUAAUGAUCCUCAACGAUUUGGUCAACUUAAGACGGUGCAAACUGUUUUUACAUUUGCUGCUGAUCCUGAGUUUCUGGAAAAUGACGUUCGGGUGAAGCCAGAGCUGGAUGCUCUUGGUGUUCUUGGUGAUGCUGGAUGGUACAACGUCAGAGCAUGUCUGUGGGCUUUUGAUUAUGAGCUACCGAAAAAGGUAACCGCAUUGCCUGGCCCUGUUUUCAACAAAUCAGGGGUGCUGGUAUCCUGUGGAGCUUCUCUGUACUGGGAAGAUGGGAAAGUGGCUACUUUCCACUGCUCUUUCCUGUCCACCUUGACAACGGAUGUAACUGCUGUUGGUACAAAAGGAUAUCUGCGCCUUCAUGACUUUGUUAUCCCUGAUGAAGAGGACAAGGCUUCCUUUUUUACCUGUGAGAAUCCAGGGUUUGCUGAACUUCAGAGGGGGGUGGUUGCCGACCGAAAUGAGCAUGUCGUAGCUACUGAUCUACCUCAGGAAGUUAAAAUGGUCAUGGAGUUCUCAAGGUUGGUUGGAAUCAUUAAAGCUGAAGGUGGGAAGCCAGAGAAGAAAUGGCCAACCCUCAGUAGGAAGACACAAUUAGUUCUGGAUGCAGUGAAGACAUCAAUUGAGAAGGGCUUUGAAUCCGUUGAACUGAUUAGUUGAUUAUACUUUUUCCUGUUGCCCAUUUGGCAUCCAUCUUGAAUUAGCAGUUCUUCCUAUCUUUGCCUGGGCAAUGGUAUGAAGUGAGUACUCUCUAAUUUAUUCCUUCAAAAAUCUGGUUGAAAGUUUUGUGAAUGUUGCUUGGAAUUCAUUUCCACCUUUGAAUUGUAAACUUAGUCAAUAAGCCUCUAAAAGUAGCAUGAAAUUGCAGGUUCA